CGCUUUUUUCCCCCCGCAGACCUGGUGCCGCGGGACGUGGUGGCGGCGUGGCUGAAGUAUCUCCGCGCCGAGUUCCCCACCGUGGCUUUCAAGGCGUGCACGCAGCAGCAGAGCCGCAACCUGAAGCAGAGCCGGCUGCCGGUGACCGCGGCCCCCGAGGAGGUGCUGGCCGGGGGGGGCAGCGUGGGGGCCGACUGCCUGCUGCGGGUGCUGGCCAACUACAGCCGCUCGCGGGAGGUGAAGACGGCCAUCACCGUGGGCGUCGUGGGCUACCCCAACGUGGGGAAGAGCAGCCUCAUCAACAGCCUCAAGCGGAGCCGGGUUUGCGGGGUGGGGGCCACGCCGGGGGUCACCAGGUGCCUGCAGGCGGUGCAGCUGGACCGCCACAUCCAGCUGCUCGACUGCCCCGGCGUCGUCAUGGCAACGGGCGCCCCCCCCGCCGCCGCCCCCCUGAGGGGGGCCCUGGCCCCCCAGCGCCUCAAGGACCCCCUGGGCCCCGCCGCCGCCAUCCUGCGCCGCUGCCCCCCCCAGCAGCUGAGCGAGCUGUACGGGGUGCCCCCCUGCGCCGACCCCCGGCAGUUCCUCUCCCACCUGGCCCGGCGCCAGGGCCGCCUGCGUCCGGGGGGGCUCCCGGACCCCCGCGCCGCCGCCGUGGCCCUGCUGCGCGACUGGACCAGCGGGAAAAUCUCCUACUACACGCACCCCCCCGGGCGCGACGAGGCGGGGGCGCAGCUGGAGGCACAGAUCCUGCCCGCGCUGGGGCCGGAGCUCGACCUGGAGGCGCUGGAGCGGGGCGACGCCGAGGCGCUGGCGGCCGUCCCGGUGGCGGUGGAGGGCAUCGAGGUGUCGCCGUGCGGCCCCGAGGAGGAGGAGGAGGAGGAGGGGGAGGAAGAUCAGGAUGAGGCCAUGGAGCGGGGCGGCGCCGCGGAGGCGGACGGCGAUGGUCUGGAGUUCGGCGCGCUGACGGUGGAGCUGAAGCCCCGGGCGAAGCCUGGGGGGGGCGGGGAGGAGGCUGCCCCCCCCCGCGCCCCCCGUUUGGAAGAAGUGGCCGCGCUGCCCCCCCUGCUGCAGGGGCAGGGGCUGGCGGCCGCGGGCAAGCGGAGGAAAAAGCAGCAAAAAAGAGCAGAAAAAAUCGCCACCAAGCUCUCGGAGACGCUGACGGCGGCCAUGCAGCUCUGAGGACGGAGGUUUAUUGUUAUUUUGGGGGGGGGCGUAAAAACGGUUAAAAACGAGUUUGGGGAAUAAAAAUGGCGGCGGA